AUGCUUCUUACUGCUAGGGAUGGCAAAAUUCCAGCUGGGGUCGGGUCCUCGUGGGUUUCCGAUCCGAUCGAGGUGGAGAAUCUUCGAUUUGACCGGGCUUCACACUUUAGAACUUCCACAUGCAAGGACUCUUCGAAUAAGAAAUCAGGUACUUCAGAUAGAACCUGGUCUACUCCUCCGACGAGCUUCAUUAAACUAAAUGUCGAUGCAGCAUGGAAAUUCUCUCCAUAUUCUUCUGGUUUCAGUGCUAUUAUCAGGGAUAACCAAGGAUCAUUGAAGGUUGUUCAAAUCUCCUCAAUAGACGCUGUUUACCCACCUCCUUUGGCUGAAGCUUUUGUCGUUCUUCAAGGGCUUCGACUAACUUCCAAGAUGAAUUUUAAGAAGAUUAUUGUGAAAUCGGACUGCAGUGGGGCCAUCGAUCUGUUUUUGAAAAUAUUAAUCUCUGAUAGUAGUGUACGUGUUUGGCUAGAAGAAAUUUGGGAAAUCUCCAUUGUCUUUUAUCCUAUUAAUUUUGCUUAUAUUCCUCGAAAUAUAAAUAAGUUAGCUGAUAUUGUUGCUAAAAGGACUAGAAUAUUAGGAAUUAAUGAUGUUUGGAUGGAUUCCUAUUCCAUGUGA